CAUCUCAUGUGGGUGGAGCCACUGUGCUUCCUCACACAUCACGCUUGUUUCCUGGUCGUUGCUAACAACUUGCUUGCCUGCAACUUCGUCUGUCCCCAGUUCACUCAUGCAUGACGGUUUCCAGCUGUAGUGUUUUUGAGAUGUGCGCGAGGAUGAAGCCGUGUCGACGCUGAGUGCAGUUUGACUCUCAGCUCCGUGCUGGCUGCAUGGUGCUCCGUGUUUCUCUGCCUGCUUUCUGACGCUUGGGGUUUUGCAGUCUGGCCUCCAGCCGCGGCUGCGAAUUAACUCAUUUCUCAGCGUCGCCUUGCUCUGAAAUCAUGUUUAUUUUAUAAAGAUGGCGGUGAGGGGGACACUGUGAACUAAAUGACUGUCAGAAACAUCGCCUCCAUUUGUAAUAUGGGCACCAAUGCCUCUGCUCUGGAGAAAGACAUCGGCCCGGAGCAAUUCCCAAUCAAUGAACACUACUUUGGAUUGGUUAACUUUGGAAACACAUGUUACUGUAACUCAGUGCUCCAGGCUCUCUACUUCUGCCGGCCUUUCCGGGAGAACGUGCUGGCUUACAAAGCCCAGCAGAAGAAGAAGGAGAACCUGCUCACAUGCCUGGCUGACCUCUUCCACUCCAUUGCCACACAGAAGAAGAAAGUGGGCGUCAUCCCGCCCAAGAAGUUCAUCUCCCGGCUACGGAAAGAGAACGAUCUGUUCGACAACUACAUGCAACAGGAUGCCCACGAAUUCCUCAACUACCUGCUGAACACAGUGGCCGACAUCCUGCAAGAGGAGAAGAAGCAGGAAAAGCAGAACGGACGCCUCAAGAACAACGGCACCGCCGUGACCACUGAGACCGAGACGGAGAACAAGACUGAGCCAACAUGGGUUCACGAUAUCUUCCAAGGCACACUGACCAAUGAGACACGCUGCCUCAAUUGUGAAACGGUGAGCAGCAAAGAUGAAGAUUUUCUGGAUCUUUCUGUGGAUGUGGAGCAGAACACAUCAAUAACACACUGUCUCAGGGACUUCAGUAACACAGAGACUUUGUGCAGUGAAUACAAAUACUACUGCGAGACAUGCUGCAGCAAGCAGGAAGCACAGAAGCGGAUGCGUGUAAAGAAGCUUCCCAUGAUCCUGGCACUGCACCUGAAGAGGUUUAAGUACAUGGAGCAGCUGCACCGCUACACCAAGCUCUCUUAUCGAGUGGUUUUUCCGCUUGAACUCCGUCUGUUCAACACAUCUGGGGAUGCAGUUAACCUGGAUCGCAUGUACGAUCUAGUGGCUGUGGUGGUUCACUGUGGCAGUGGCCCAAAUCGAGGUCAUUACAUCACCAUAGUGAAGAGUCAUGGCUUCUGGCUGCUGUUUGAUGAUGACAUUGUGGAGAAAAUUGACGCCCAGGCCAUCGAGGAGUUUUAUGGGCUUACCUCAGACAUCUCGAAGAACUCUGAGUCGGGAUACAUUCUCUUCUACCAGUCCAGGGAGUGAUUGGAGGUGGAUCAGUGACACAGGAGAAGACUGAAUAGGAUGAGACCUGUAUUUUUUUUUACCUUCAGCCUAACAGACCUAGACUCCUGCCAUCUCCAUCCCAUCCUGCUCCCAUUCUCCAAGUCAGAUCUCUCUGACAUAUGUGCCAAUCCUCUGUUCCAAUCCCAACCACUGGUUUACCCAUGCUUCAUCUCUCUCUCUCUCUCUCUCUCUCUCUCUCUCUCUCUCUCUCUCUCUCUCUCUCUCUCUCUCUCUCUCUCUCUCUCUCUCUCUCUCUCUCUCUCUCUCUCUCUCUCUCUCUCUCUCUCUCUCUCUCUCUCUGUAAUUUGGUUCUUGCUGUUUUAGUCACCUGCAUCUGGUCUGCACUUUAAAACAAAAGCAAAAAUGCUCAAAACAGCCUGACAGAAACAAAAAGGAGUCUACAUUCACAUCGAGCCCCACACGCUUGGUGUAGACUAGUCUGAGUAGCCUGUAGAGGUGAUUCUCUUCCAGGAACAUGAUGGGGUGAAGGGUCUGGUGCACAUACACACUGUUGUCAGAAACUGUACUAUAUCACUUAUAUGUAUAUAUGGUCUACUUCCGUGAUGUGUCACCCUCUCAUAAUUCCUUUCAUUAGGGCUAUUGUCCCUGUCACUGUCCAGUCCUUUAAUAUGUUCAUGUCCCUGGUGGAUGCAUGAGAAGUGAAUGAAGUUGGAGACAAACACUGUAUAAUACACAUAGAGAGAUUUCAUGCAUUUCCAGUGGUUUUGAAGCAAUAUCUGAGCAUUAAUUAGAGAGAACUCAGAAACUGAAAACUACCUAAACUUAAACUGUAACUGUUGAGAGUAUAGAGGUUAUUUUGUCCCAUAGAGAAACACUCUGUGAUCUGCUGUCUGUCUGCUGUGACAACUCAUGUUAGUCUAACCAGAUAUGAUGAAUACUUUAACACUUAAUCCAACUGAGCCAUAUGCUCUAACACUACACAUGAAAGGAAAUCCUGCUGUUUUCUCUCAGAUGGAUCUCCAUUCAAAUCAGCUGAAUCUUUAUAAUUUGUUAUUCUGAUAGAAAGCCCCUUAUUUAUUGAACUUAACAUAUUUAUUACUGUUAUUUGUAAUGCACUUGUAGAUAAUGAAGGUCUAUGGCUCUUUUGAGAGCUUUGUACGUUAAAACCCUUGUCUAAUCUCUCAGUGGGGAGGACAUGGUGUAUGUAAUACACAACUUGAUACAACAGUUAAAACAAUAUUGGUUUUAUCAGUUUCAUUUUGUAGUUUGCAUGUUAAAUAAAAGAUAAGAUAGAAUAACAUGAUGCAAGUGAGACACAACCCAGAACUGCCUAAUCUUUUCAUUGACAUGAAAAGGUGAAAAUGGUGCAAUAAGAGGUGUAGUUAUCCAAUGUGGAAUUUCCCAGUGAGACUAAUAUAAAGUAUAUUUAAAUGUUAGUAGUAGAUGUGUUUCUUAGCAGCUGAUCUUUUCCCAGUGCUGUGUGUUUGUGUGCUUGUGAUAUCAAAGUAAAUGCCCCCCUCACCACAUGCAAUGCACACUACCUGCUGGGAAGUUAGCUACAAUGUUCUUUCAUCCAUCUUUUUUGUAACCUAACAUGAUAUUGUCUCUUUUUUUCAUUCCCAAGCUGAAGUACAGCUUAGUAGUUUUCUCUUUCUUUGUCUCUGACUUUGAUGACGUAAAUUGUGUGUGUCAUGUGUAGCACAUUGGAAUCCCAAAUCCCAUAGGCUUAAAAUUCAAGCUUCAAUGUUAAUUCAUCUCCCUGGUACAGUAGAUGUUUUUCUCUUUGGCCCAUUCCCCAGGGUUUGUGGCCAUUACCUGUAGAAUAGUGCAACAUCAGAAAACUUGUUUUCAUGUGAAUGCCAUUCCUAUUUGCUGCACAUCAGAGGAAUUACCAUCUCCAAAUGUCAUCAUCUUUAGCUUAGUGUCUGUGUCUAUCCAGGAGAGGCAGAAUUCAAAGUGAAAACAGUGAAACUCUGGGUUUUGAAUGCACUUUUUUUUCUGCUGUCUCUUCCAUUAAGUCUGUUACUGGGUGAAGUCAUGAGGAAUACGUGCCAAACUGGAGUCGAUACUGACCUUGCGGCAGUCUUUAACAGAACAUUAUUUUUCUUUGUAAAGAUACAACUGUACAUAUAUAUUAUGUAGAAAACACUUCUGGAAAUAGGAAAAUAUUUUUUUAAAGUGAAAUCUUAAAAUGUAAACACUUGUGGCAAAGAUUUUAGCUUAACACUGACCAUUAAUGAAACCCUGUUAAGAAAUACUGUUAUUUUACAAUCACUCAGUUACAUAAUCAAUCAUAUUUGUGCAGAAGUCACCAGCUGUCAUUUUAUUGCUUCUACUGGGUUGAACUGAGCCAGGAUAGAAAACAGUAGCAGGAAUGGUCUGAGGCAUUUUAGACCCGGGUAACAGGAAAGAGACUUUUAACGCCGAUCUUCCAUUAACACUUAUGCACUCGCCCUCACUGAGAUGCUCAGUCGUUGCACUUGGUCUUAUAUGUCUUACUGUGAUAGGGUGAGCUCAGGUGCAGAGAGUCCUGCACCAGGUGGGAUCUGAUUGAGCUUGUGGGAGGGAGUCUCCAUUUGGCUGUAAACUGAAAGUGCACUUUAUUAGUGAUGAGCUUCAAUGCUUUCACAUGAAGAACCACCGUUUAACACACUCAUUUUGAGUUUUCUUUUCUUCUGUUCAAUAAAAUGACUAUCAACUUAA